AUGGAUCGAAUCAAGUGGACGGGGCUGGAGGAACUGUCGGUUUUUCUUUGGGCGAUUUGGAAUGCUCGAAAUCAAUCUAUGUUCACCAAUGGCCAUGGUUUUCUUCUGGUCAACAUGGUUGAUUGGGUGGCCGAUUAUUUGCAGGUGUAUCAAUCAGCACAGGAGGGUCCUUCACUUCCGCUCCUGUUGGACGGGCGGGGUGGCCGUGUGUCCGCGUGGUGUCCACCUUUGGCUCCUUUUUUUAAAGUGAAUGUUGAUGCUGCGUUCAAAAAGGGGAAUUUCUCUGCCGGCUUGGAUAUUUUGAUUCGUGACUCCACUGUGAAUGUUUUGUUAUCAGCUAUGUGCUUUAUAACCCAUGUUUCUGAUGUUACUUUGGCAGAAUGUUUGGCUGCCCAAGAGGGUGUCUGUCUGGCCAUAGAAGCGGGUCUCAUUCCUUUUCAAAUUGAGACUGAUUCUAGCCAGGUUUUUAACUUGCUGCGGACGGACUGUGAAGAUGAAUCGGAGAUUGGUGUUCUUGCUUCAAGUAUUAGACACAUUGUCUCUUCUUUGCAUAUUGGAGGCGGGUUCAGUUUCGUCAAUCGCGAAGGAAAUUCUGGCGCCCAUACGUUGGCUCGGAUGGGCAUGGUUUCCGAGUCCUUUCACGUCUGGGUUGAGGAGUGGCUGUCAGAUCUUUCUGAAGUUAUUGCUGCAGAUCGUCAAGCGGUGGUGUUUUAA